AUGAUUGGGUUUUUCGGUGUGGUCAAUGAACCGAAUCAUUCUUUAGAAGAUUUGAUCGAACUUUAUAAACGUCCAGCAUUUAUAGCUUACUUUUCUAUAAUUGAGUUUGUGGUAGUUUGUCUAUUAAUUGCGAAUAAAUUUGGAGAAGAUGUAUUGAAUCAAAUGCUUCUAGGUAAAAGUGAUCUUACAUUUGGUUGGUCAUUGAAAAAAUUUCAAAUGAUUCUCGGAAUCUCGUAUGGAUGCGUUGGUGGUAUGAUAUCAAGUCAGAGUUUAUUAUUUGCAAAGAGUGGUUUGGAAUUAUUACUUUUGUCGAUUCUUAAUUGCGAUAACCAAUUUAACCAACCAUUAAGUUGGUUUAUUGUUGUAGCAUUGGCUGUCACUGCUUUGUUACAGCUUUAUUACCUUAAUAAAGGAUUAAAAUUAUGUGAUACCGUUAUUUUAAUUCCACUUUCAUUUUGCACGUAUAAUGUUUCAACGAUCUUUAAUGGUCUCGUAUAUUACAAUCAAUGGAAUCAACUAUAUUGGUGGCAAAUCUUUUUCGUAAUAUUAGGUAUCUGUUUAUUAUUAUGUGGCGUGCUUGUAUUAUCAUGGCGAAGAAGUAUUGUACCAGAAGAGGUAUUCGUGGUGGGAGAAGAUAGUAUGCUAUUUGAACAUAAUAUUGAAGGUUUCACUGAACUCUAUGAUGGUGAUUUUAAUAAACAUGCCGAGAAUAUAAAUGAUUCUGAUCAUGGAUUUUUGGGAG